UCCUGCAGGUGAUGAAGUGAUACGUUAAAAAAAAAGGAUCCUCGCACUCCUUCUGCUUUACGACCACCAAUCACCCGCCCAGGCUGCCGCUUCGCCGCGGCGUCUGACUCUGUCCUUUAGCAAACACGCGCGGGACGGAUGCAGCUCGUCCAGCUGACGCGACCGGCGUGCCGGUGGCCGCGGGACUGGAGCCCAAACUCGGGUAGGAGGCCUCCUCCUCCUCCUGCGCCGCGUGGGGGUCAGGACCGCGGCUUCUUCUGCUGUGCUUGGAUUCCUCACCAGUCUGGUCUGAAUGUAUUUAAAGUGUGUGUGGUUUUCCAGAUCUGAAAGUCCCAUGGCCUGAGGGGUCUUGGUUUUUUUUGUGUGUUUCUGUGUUGGGGAUUGAGGAUGAAGUUAGUUAGUUGGUAGAAUGAUCAGUGAACCGCUGUGCCUGUAACUCGUAGGUGUGUCACUCACACUUGACUUCCUGUGUUGAACUCUGGAACCACAGCGAGUUGAUCAACGUGUUUUCUCUAGAACCAGGAUGAAGGAGCCGAGCCGGACUGUCGGGUACGAAGCUUAUUCAUGACCGGGUUGAGUUCAGUACGUGGGCAUGUAAACCAGCAGGUGGGGGCGGGCUUUAGGAGGUUCCCAUCAGUCUUUAUUGACCGAGCAGUAAUGUCCAAUGAUAUUCAGCUCAACGGUUUAGUUGUCGACUGCAGGACCUGAAGCCUCCUGGUGUUUAAAGAGAAAAGGGAACCUCUCUGGAUUGUGCAGGAUGGAUCCCUCAGAAAGUCCUGAAGGCAAGCGGCGGAAGGCCAAGUUGAUGUUUGGCCUGAAAGGGAAGAAGAAGAAGAAAGCCAACACAGAUCUGGUCCUGGCAAACAAGGGAGCCGUGGACAGCGAGGUGGAGGCGCCUUCGGAGGCGUCGGCCCUGCUGCAGGGAGAGAACUGGGAGGACCAACCGGGAACCUCUGCAGUCAGAACCAGAAUAAUACCAAACAACAAAAGGGCCAAACUGAAGACCUGCAUCCAGAAGAGCGAAGGGAAACCUCGGAGCUUCCAGAUUUCCAUCAACAUCACAGAGGCCAGGCAGCUGGUGGGAGAGAACAUCGACCCGAGUGUGCUGGUGGAGAUCGGCGAUGAGAAGAAGCAGACUUCGGUCAAAGAAGGGACCAACGCUCCCUUCUACAACGAGUAUUUCGUGUUUGAAUUCUUCGCCUAUAAGGAGGUCUUUUUUGACAAAGUCAUCAAGCUGACGGUGAUGCACUCCAAAAUGCUGAGGAGUUUCAGUGUCGGGUCCUUUAAGGUGGACGUGUGGACGGUCUACAGACAGCCAGGUCAUCAGUUCACCAACAAGUGGGCAAUGCUGACAAAUCCUGGGGACAUUAGCACUGGGGUCAAAGGUUAUGUCAAGUGUGACAUCAGCGUCUCAGCGAAGGGGGACGCCGUGAAGCCGGGACCAAAAGCGAGUGAUGCAGAGGAGCAGAUAGAAAAGAACCUGCUGGUGCCAGAAGGUUUCCCCUCCGAGCGUCCCUGGGCUCGCUUCUUUGUCAAGGUGUAUCGAGCUGAAGGCCUUCCUCGGAACAACUCCAGCAUCAUGGCCAACGUCACCAAGGCCUUCAUCGGAGACAACACGGCCCUCAUAGACCCGUACGUGGAGGUCAGCUUCUUCAAACAAGUGGGUCGCACCUCCACCCAGAAGUCUACAGCAGAGCCGGCGUGGAACGAGCAGAUCGUCUUCACGGAGAUGUUCCCCCCUCUGUGUCAGAGGCUGAAGAUCCAGGUCUGGGACGAGGGAAGCAUGGGCGACGUUGCCAUCGGAACUCAUUACUUUGACCUGAGGCGCAUCUCCAAUGAACAGGAUGGCGACAGAGGCUUUUUACCUACUUUUGGCCCCGCGUGGAUCAACCUGUACGGCUCGGUGAGAAACGGGUCCAUAGGCGACGACACGGUGGAGCUCAACGAGGGCAUCGGAGAGGGCGUGUCCUACAGGGGUCGCGUCUACAUGGAGCUGGCGGUGGAGAUCCUGUCCGGGGGGUCGGGUUCCGAGUCCAAACUCAGCAGAAUGGUGAAGCCGUUGAAGGACGCCAAAGCAGGUAAAGGUGGAGGGAAGGACGGUAAGACUCCUGCGGGUGGAGGAGGCGGAGGAGCGGGAGCAGCGGCCGGGGGAGCCGCCGACGACGACAAGGGAAAAGCCGCGGCUGCAGAGGUGCUGCCGGUGGAAUCUCCUCCUGCGCUCGACGCCGACAACGAGUCCUUCGUCCUCUUCGGAGCCUUGUUUGAAGCCACCAUGAUUGACAGGAAGAUCGGAGACAAGCCAAUCAGCUUUGAGUUCUCCAUCGGUAACUGCGGUAACGUCUUGGAGCCUCCAGAGAAAACCGCCCCCCGGCCCACCAGCCCUGCUCUAAGGAGGAGAGCGCUGGACGUCCCGCCGGGCUCCUCGGCUCCCAGCACCUCCCCGACCUCCCCGCUCCUCCCCAGGGAGUCUGCGGACGCGCCGCCCUCCUCCAGGUCCACCACGCCUCCCCAGAGGCCGCUCAUCGUCGAAGGGAACAAGUUGAGUCGCUUGCUCAUUUGGUUGCUAACAUGCAUCUGCCCCUGGAGAAGCAAAAGCCCGUGCAUCAGUGUGCUGAGUCACUGGGAGGGCCGAGCCUACCGACCUCACAACUCCUACAUGCUGGACAACAUCGGCGUGCUGUUUGAGGAGGGUGUCGCCAGUGCUGCAGAGCUACACAGGAAGUCGGAUCCGGGGGCGGAGCACUUGCUCAAAACCGUCCUCAAGGAAUUCUGCAUGGACGCCAGGAGCUUCGUAGCGGCAGCGGAGGCCAAGCUGAAAGCUGAGGGGAAGUCGAGCUACCUGACGCAGCUGGACAGGAAACGCCUCACCCUGUGCAAACAGGAACUGGAGAGUAUGAUAGGAGAGGCCCAGUUUGCGGUAGAGGGGAAGAGAAAAACUGGCGGCGUGAAAGAGAUGCUGCAGCAUGCAACCAAACUCACGCAGAGAAUACGCUUCCUUGUGGAGGAGCCCCAGCACACGGUGCCCGACGUCUUCGUGUGGUUGCUAAGCAACAACAAGCGCGUCGCGUACGCCCGGCUGCGUGCCAGAGACCUGUUGCACUCCAGCAGCCGGGAGGCCCGAGGGAUCCACUGUGGCAAGAUAAUAACACUGUUUCUAAAGCCUCCGGGGAAGCGAGUGGCGGACUUGUCGGUCCAAGCCAAGGUGGAUGUGUAUCUGUGGUACGGGACAAGCUCCGACGCCGUGCACAUGCUGGACGGCCUGCCCGCGGGGUUCAGUGCGGCCACAGGGGGCGCCGUCGCCAGCUGUCCUCCUGCAGCUCUGCUGUGUGCCGAGCAGCACACCUUCCAGCUGAGGUGCCACAUGUAUCAGGCCCGUGGACUCAUCGCCGCCGACACCUCCGGCCUGUCUGACCCCUUUGCUCGAGUCACCUGUCUGUCACACAGCCAAACCACCAACGUGAUCAGCCAGACGCUCAGUCCGACGUGGAACCAGUGUUUGCUGAUGAGCCGCCUGCUGCUGAGUGGAGAUCUGCAGCACAUCCGGGAGGAGCCGCCGCGCGUCCUCGUCGAGGUGUACGACGACGACGCUCUGAGUAAGGCGGAGUAUCUGGGAGCGACGGUGGUGGUGCCCGAGGUCCGCUUGGCCUCCGACCCCUACGCCCCGCCGACCCUGCGGUACAGCCCGCUGCACUGCGGCAGCCAGCCGGGGGGAGACCUGCUGGCUGCCUUUGAACUGCUGCAGAUGCAGGAGUCCACAGAGCGGAGUCUGCCGGCCCUGGAGAAACAGGAAGGAGGCAUCUACACGGUCCCUGCCAACAUCAGACCUGUUCUCAGCACCUUCAGGCUGGAGGUGUUAUUCUGGGGUAUGAGAGAGCUGAAGAAGGUUCAGCUGCUCUCUGUUGAUCGCCCACAGGUCUUCAUAGAGUGUGCAGGUAAAACAUUGCGUUCCUCCGUCAUCCAGAAGUACAAGUCCAACCCAAACUUCCCCACGCUGGUGGACGCCAUCGAGCUGGAGUUACCAGAGAACGAACACCUCCACCCUCCUCUCAGCAUCACCGUCGUUGACUGGCGGGCCUUCGGUCGCAGCACGUUGGUCGGAAACCACGUCGUCAACAACCUCAAGGCCUUCAAAUACACCCCCCCUCCGGCCCUGCCGGCCCUCCCCACACAGACACGCCGCCCGCCCAAGGUCACGGAGCCACCGGGACCCUCCUCACCCGCAGAGCCGGGGAGCACUGAGGGGCUGUACCCGUCUGCCGGAGACACCACUUUGACUGCCCCACUAACCAAUCAAGACUUCCUCAUCACUGUGGAGGACCAAGCCCCUGCACCCGCACCCCCACCUGAGGAGGAACUCGGGAAGAAAAGGGUUGCCGCCCCCAUGACCAGACAGAUAAGCAGCCGGGGUCGCUCCACCAAGCGGAAGAAGCGGACCAUCGCGGACGAGUCGGCAGAGUGUGUCAUCGACUGGUGGUCCAAGUACUACGCCUCUGGGGAGAAACGGGCCAAACAGGACGGCUCUCCGUUCCCAGAGGUCUUUGAUAAAGUUUUGCCGUAUCAGGGCUUGCUCAGCGAUGGAAUAGACUCCUUAGUCAGCGGCGUCUCAGAUGGAGACAAGAAGAAGAAACAAAAAGGAAAAGAAUCCCUGGAUCCCAACGUCGGUCCGGCUACCAAAUUAGCCACACUGAAGCUGUACGACAAGGAGCUGGAGGCAGAGUUUGGCUCUUUCAAUGACUGGGUGAACACGUACGAGCUGUUCAGAGGGAAAGCCAACGAGGAAGAGGGGGCAACUGAGGAGAGAUUCGUUGGUAAAUUCAAGGGACGAUUCUGCCUGUAUAAGCUGAACGAGGACAACGCGGAGGACUGGGACGAAGACGCGGACGGCAGGGACUUCAGAGUCAGCAGAGGAAUCCCCCCCAACGGCCUAGUCCAAGUCCUCAUCCGGGUCUACAUCGUCUCUGCUUCUAACCUGCACCCUGCCGAUCCGGAUGGGAAGGCGGACCCUUACAUUGUCCUCCGGCUCGGCAAGAACGAAAUUAAAGACCGGGACAACUACAUCCCCAAGCAGCUGAACCCCGUGUUCGGGAGAUCCUUUGAGAUGCAGGCGACGUUUCCUCGGGAGUCCCUGCUGUCGGUGGUGGUCUACGACUACGACAUGGUGGGAGGGGACGACCUGAUAGGAGAGACUCGCAUCGACUUGGAGAACCGUUUCUACAGCCGACACAGAGCCACCUGCGGACUCCCCACCGAGUACAGCCUAGACGGCUACAACGCCUGGAGAGACGGCCUGAAGCCCUCAGAGCUGCUGUCCAAGCUGUGCAGAGACCACGGCCUGGAGGAGCCCCUCUUCAGACCGGGGCGCAUCAGCGUGGCCGACAAGGUGUUCGUCGGAAAGACGUGCUUCAUGCACGAAGACGAGCCCCUGGAGUCCUAUGAGCACUUGUCGCUGAAGGUCCUGCAUCGAUGGGCUGAGAUUCCGGCCGUGGGAUGCAAGCUGGUCCCAGAACACAUCGAGACCAGAACCCUGUUCAACAAGGAUCGGCCUGGCAUGGACCAGGGUCGGGUCCAGAUGUGGGUCGACAUGUUCCCCAUGGACUUACCUCCUCCUGGACCUUCAGUGGACAUUUCCCCUCGUAAACCCAAAGGGUACGAGCUGAGAAUCAUCAUCUGGAACACAGAGGAUGUGAUUCUGGAGGACAGCAGCUUCCUGACCGGCCAGCAGUCCAGUGAUAUCUACAUCAAGGGCUGGUUGAAAGGUUUGGAGGACGACCGGCAGGAGACCGACGUCCACUACAACUCUCUGACCGGCGAGGGGAACUUCAACUGGCGCUUUGUGUUCCCCUUCAGCUACCUGCCCGCCGAGAAGGUGAUAGUGGUCAGCAAGAAAGAGCAUAUUUUCUCCCUGGAUAAAUCGGAGCAGAAGCUUCCCGCCAUCCUGAGUCUGCAGGUGUGGGACUUUGAGACGCUCUCCUCCGACGACUUCCUGGGCACGGUGGAGUUGGACCUCCACGGUUUCCCGAGAGGGGCGAAGACUGCAAAGUCGUGCAAGGCGGACAUGUUGACGGACGGGACGGAGAGGAUCUCCAUCUUCCAACAGAAGAGAGCGAGAGGCUGGUGGCCCUUCGCCAAGUCUGGAGAGCUGACGGGGAAAGUGGAGGCGGAGUUUCAUCUUCUAAUUGCCGAGGAGGCAGAGAAAAAUCCUGUCGGCCGAGCUCGCAAGGAGCCGGAGCCGCUGCCGAAGCCGAAUCGACCGGACACGUCCUUCUCCUGGUUCGUCAAUCCGUUCAAGUGUUUCUUCCACUUGGUGUGGCGGAGCUACAAGAAGUACAUCAUCAUCGCCCUGGUGCUGCUCAUCAGCGUGCUGUUCCUCGCUCUGCUCUUCUACACGCUGCCGGGGGCCAUUUCUCAGAAGAUAGUCAACGGAUGAAGUGUGGAGGACCACACCGGCGCCCCGAAGCGCUGCUCAGGGAUUGGACCUUUUAGAUGAAGGCCCCUCCGUCCUUCUUGAUCUCGUACAGGAGGGAUGAAGAGAACCUUCCACAUGUUAAAAUAGAUGAUCGGAUUCUGAAUGAGUUUACGUUUAAGUGGUGCAUAUGAGCACAUGAGGGCAGGGACGAGCUGCGUGUCGCCUUGACCCCGUGGAGGUCCGCCAUAAAUUGUACCGACCAUUUUAUUUUUAUGACCAACGUACUAUGUAUGACUUAAUCAUUUACAAUACUAGAACUUAAACAGUCCAAGAUAUUAUGAAAAAUAAAAUGUUCAUUACCUUUCUGAUGACCUUAUGUAUUACUUUUCAUGACAAACGUUUUCCUUGAACUUCAGACAUAACAAAUAUUGAUAAGCAAAAACCGCGUAGAUUUCAGCAUUUAUUAUACCUUAACUUACGUAACAUCUGGUGAUCUUUAAUAUGGCGAAACUACAAAGAUCAAAUGAUUAAUUUUUGCCCAAACAAGUCAUACAAUGGGACAGAAGGACAACUCGUGCAUGCUCAAGGAUUUCACUUUAAAAUAUGGAAUGUAGGGCGGAUAAAAGAUUACUUCUACAUAUGUAAACAGUCAAACAAUGUAUACAUGUGUGGAAAAUGGGUUUAUAUACAAUUCUUAAUGUUUUUUAUAUUUGAAUGCAUGAUAGUGAUAAGUCUGACCUGAGGAAAAUCAUCCAUGAAGUGAAACAUUUCCAAUCAAUAAAGGACUGUUUUAGCAUUGAAGUUGUGCAAAAAGCUUCUAUUAAAGGUUUUUAAA